AUGGGCUUCUCAGUGACGGGCCGAGUUCUGAACAGUGUGGAUGGAGAGGGUGUUCCUGAUGCCACGGUGUCCCUCAACAACCAUAUCAAAGGUAAGCCCCUCAAAGACUCUGAGGUUUUGUGGUGGUUUGGAAAAGUCGCAGCAAAAUAAACGUUAUAAACUCCGAGUCUUUGACUGUGCCUCUCUGUACCCGCAGUCAUCAGUAAGGAGGAUGGCUCCUUUCGGCUGGAGAACAUGACAGCCGGCACCUACACCAUCCGUGUCAAUAAGGAGCUCAUGUUCUUUGAGCCAAUCACGGUGAAGAUCGCUCCGAACACUCCACAACUUCCUGACAUCAUCACAGCAGGGUACAGUUCCCGCUCUCUUCCUCAGACUCUCACAGAUUUUUCAAAGUCUCCAUUUUUUAUUUAUUUAAAUGACUAAUGUAAGUAAGAGAGUUCUCAUGUCGUUCCCACGCAGGUUCAGUGUGUGUGGCCAGAUCUCCAUCAGCCACCUGCCUGAAAGUAUGAAGCAGCAGGGCCGCUACAAGGUCACUCUGACACACCGGGACCAAGACAAGAGCUCCAGUAAGACCAUCGACUCUGAUCCCCAGGGGGCCUUCUGCUUUCAAGCCAAACCUGGAGACUACAGCGUCCAUGUAAGACUCAAGUUUUAGUUCUGAAACUGUUUGAACUGAAUCCUCAUGGCUUAAACUUCAUGAACUCUUCAAUCCUUUUUUUCGUGUUACAUAUAGGUGUUGCUUCCUGAGAUGGAGGUGAAGGCAGGUCUAGCUCUGCAGCCUCAGGCCCUGGAAGUAUCGCUUGUGGACCGACCCCUCACAGACCUGCUCUUCACCCAAUUCAUGGCUUCUGUCUCUGGGAAAGUCUACUGUUUAGGUAAGGACUCCAAACGUAAAUGUAACCCAUGAAUCCUCACUGAAACUGACUCUGUGUCCUGGGGUUUGUUUCCAGCCUCCUGCGAUGAUCUGUCGGUGACCCUGCAGCCUGUGAGUCGACAGGGGGAGAGAAGAUCGGUGGCUCUGCCUGGCGGCGGUGACACCCUCAGCUUCUCCUUUGAUAGUGUCUUACCUGGGAGAUACAAAGGUCAGGAUUCACUUUAGUAACAUUUCAAAUACAACCCUGAUUAUCUAACGCCUGAAUGUUGGUAAAAGUGGAAUUUGAUGGUUUGCAAAUCAUUGAAAUUAUACAUUUAAUGAAAAGUGGUUUAAAAGCUACAUACCAGAUGAUGAACCAGGAAUAUGUAUGGUUGUUGUAAAAUCGAUGUCAACAUUAGUCAUUAAAGAAAACAGACUAAUGUGGUUGUAUAAUGCUAAUAACACCUGGAGGAACAUCGCCAUGGUGACACAACUCACGCACUCUCCUUCAGCAGCUGCUUGUUUGUGGGGGAGCCCUGACGAGUUGAUCACAGAGGGCAGCAGAGUUUCGCAGCUCAAGGAAGAACAUUUAUGAUCAUAACUUCAUGGACAUGCAAUCAGACCGAGACGCUAAGGCAGAAGAACUACUGUAUCUGCAGUGCAAAAUGAUUAUUAUGAUGAUUAUUACUUCAGGGAAAUUUUCCACUGCACUCGGUGACCGACUCGUCAGGGCUCCCCCCACAAACAAGCGACUGCUGGAGGAGAGUGGGUGAGUUGUGUUUGGUCUCUUUGCUAAGGAAACCAGACUGGGACCCUAUAUGUCCUGUUGAUGAUGUUAGGUGCUGUUUUGAGCAUUAUUUGUGGCUGUAGAGUGGCUUUUUGGUUGAGGUUUGAUUGUGACUCCAUAGACCGCUGUGUAUUGCUAUCGUGUGGUCGCUACUAAAGUUGGUAUAAUUAGAGAAGCAAGCAGUUGGCAACAUUUAAUCUCUUGAGGGGUUGUCUAACUCUGUAUUUAGUGUGUUUGACCAAAACUUAAUUUUAUGCCGGAAUAUCCCUUUAAAAACAGAUGACUCAGAAAAUCACUGCACUGACUCUCUGAUGUCACUAUCUGUAAAGACAGUAUGCAGCUGCAUCUUUAAAUGCUGAUUAAAACUGUACAAUGCUUAAAAGGAAACUGUGUGUGUUAGCAUAAUACAGAAGCAUCAACCACUUCUCCUCAGCGUCCCAUCUGUUUUGGAAAUGAGGUUGUAGUUAACAGUAGGAUUAAUAAAUGUUGCUGUGGUAUUUAUUUUUCAGUCUUGAAUGUUUUUUUUCUACUCAAGGCUGAAUGGGAGUUAUUCUUUUUCUGAUUAGGGAAACAAAAACUUGUCAUUAUUCGCAGUUUUGUUAAAUGAAGGGAGAGCCCAGAUGCAAAGUCAGCAUGCGGGUCUGGACUCCAACACUGAAAGGCAACAAAUGAAUCAAAACCGGCUCCCUUAUCCUUUGUGCAUUUCUGUUCAGAAAUGACUCUAAUUACUUUCUAAUGAUUGUUUUAUGAUCAAUUAGUAAUUACCAACUUUUGAUCAUAAUUGGUUUUUCCUGGCAGCUUACAGGAAGCACACAUCACCAGCCAGCCUGCCUUCACCUUCUGGAGCCGCAUCCAUCUCGCUCGCUGUUCAAUACACACAAUCUGUUUUAUGCGCCUGCAAGCUGUUUGCACACACAGCAGCUCUGAGGCACGUUUACUCAGCUUGAAGUGUUGCCAGGACCGAGCGGUGCUGAAAGUUUACUUUUCGGUUUUUAUAAAAUGAGAUCAUGGAAAGGUCUUGUGAGGAAAAGUUUCAACCUUCAAAUGAUCACUCAGUACGUUUACAUGACACUCGAGAAAACCAAAUUAUUAUUGAUUAAAACCGAACAACUAAAGUGCAUGUAAACACCUUAGUCAAAAAAACGAGGCUCCAUCUUCUUGCUCGUAAAAUGCCCAGCAGCAGUUGUCACCACUUCUGACGUCAGGCACAGACCUGCUGUUGUUGUUGACAGUUGUAUGUUGUAUACGGCGCUGCUGAAAAGACCCAUACCGCCCCCUAGUUUUGGGGAGGAGUCAUGUUCACCUUCAAUAAUUUGAUUUUCUCAGCUGCAUGUAUAUGCGGACAAGGAGAAAAGUCCGAUUCGGCGAAAAAAAAAAAAAAUUAUGAGCUUAGUCCGAUUAAGUUGUUGAUGCACUGACUGUGUCUGUGAUUAGGGGUGUCCUGAUGCAACGAUACCGAUAUUUUACCCUUCAGUAUUGGCCGAUAUCGAUAUUGAGCUGAUAAUUGUGCAGGACAAGUUUUGCACUCAGCUGCAACAUCUUUUUCAGACUUAAACAAAAAAAUACUGCUACAAGGCCGACAUCACUCCCACUCUUUGCUACCUUGUUUGUACCUUAGUACACACUGUUGUUGUGAUCAUGUGGGCUCUGCAUGCUGGAUCAGGGCGCUGCUAGAUAGGGGUGCCGGAGCAGACUCUGGAAUGGACUGCUUGUAUCGGAGUGCUGAUAUCGGAAACUUUAGAUGAUGGCUGAUAUUAGGGCUGGGCGAUAAAAUGAUAACGAUAAAUAUCGAAAAUUAAUUUCCCUCGAUAUUGGUAAAAACAUGGUCAGUUUGCUGAAUUAGAACCAAGUAGCAAACAACUGUGUAGUAACAGGCUGCAGCUACACGCAAACAUAGCACUUUAACACAUGAAGUCAGAGGAGCAGAGUAAUUUGUACUGCCUGUUAUGUCGAGUACAUGUUCUUGCGAAGUCGGGGAAUACCUCAAAUCUUUUUCAUCACCUGAAGCAGUGCCACGCGGCAGAGCACGCACAGUGCAAAAGGUUACAAACCCUGAGCGGAGCAAGGAGCCCAUGGCGCCUGUGCAGCCGAAACAGCCCACCAUUCAGUCCGCUUUCUCUAGCGCAACGCUUUACGAAAAAAUGUUCAAGACAUAAAGACCUGACAUGCUACCAAUAAGCACUGUUAAAUUUCAUUUUUUAUAUCAUUAUAUAUAUCGUUAUUGACUGAUAUGAAAAAAAAAAACAUGAUAAACUUUUUUCCAUAUCGCCCAGCCCUAGCCGAUAUUAUCCAUUAUUCAUUUUUUUGCUGAUACUGGACCGAUAUCUGAUAUCAAUAUCGUAUCGGGACACCCCUAUCUGUGAUUCUUAAAAAAUGGAAACCUUUUAUCAUCUGUUCUUCUGUGUCUCUCUUUCUUCUUUUUCUCCACCUGCCAGUGAGUAUCUCUCAUGAGGAGUGGUGCUGGAAACAUAAAUCCAUGGAAGUGGAGGUUCUGGACUCAGAUGUUUUGGGGGUGGAGUUCAGACAGAUUGGCUACAUACUGCGCUGUUCCCUCUCUCACGCCAUCACCUUGGUCUGUAUUCAGUCGAUCUCUUGAUGUUUUAGCAGAUGGUGAUACACGCACUUGAAUUAUUCAAACGCUAACCGUGGGCGAUUUUCUCUGCAGGAAUUCUUCCAAGAUGGCAGCAAACCUGAAAACGUUGGCAUGUACAACCUCUCCAAGGGAGUGAACCGCUUCUGCCUCUCCAAGCCGGGUACGGUUCUUUCUCCUCUGACCUCUCGUUAGCUAAACAUAGUGAGAAUUAGCAUAUCAAGCAAAAGGAAAAUAAGUACCAGCUGCUCCCUCGUGCAUAGUAACGGUGUUUAGAGCCAAAAGGUCUGUGUCAGACUUAUCUAAAUUUAAAAAUGGACCAAAGUCAUUAAUCAAGUAAAUCGCCUCGUCCAGGUGUUUACAAAGUCACCCCUCGCUCCUGCCACCAGUUCGAGCAGGAGUUCUACACCUACGACACGUAAGUGAUGACCUCUGCGUCCUUCUCUGCUCAAAGUGACCUCGCUCUGCACAGCUUCAUCAAACGCUGGUUAUACUUUCUAUCCAACAGCUCGGCUCCAAGUAUCCUGACCCUCACUGCAGUGCGCCAUCACAUGACUGGGCUCAUCACCACUGACAAGAUCCUGGACGUCACCGUUACUAUCAAGUAAUGUCAACAUGAAUCCAGAGCUGCUGCUGCUGCUGCACCUCCGUCUGUUUUUUGUUUUGUUUUAAGCCUACAUUUUAAUUCUCUCCCUCUAAACGGUCAGAUCGUCCAUCGAGAGCGAGCCGGCGUUAGUGCUCGGCCCCCUGAGGAGCCUAGAAGAGCAGCGGCACGAGCAACAGCUGGCAGAGAUUAAGCUGCGGCGUCAGGAGCGGGAGCGGCGAGCAGCCGAGGAGGAUAAAGGAGCGAAGGACGACAGCCCUCCUAUGCAGGAGAAAGCUGAUGAGCUGACAGGUCCUUUCCACUACGAGUUCUCCUACUGGGCCAGGUCAGAAAAAAACCUUUCUUAUUCAACCACUCAAUAAAAUUAGGACCUCAGCGCAGGGCUGUGUCUAGAGGGGUGGCCGGGGUGGCCUUUGCCCAGCUUGAGAUCCAAUUCCUUGUGAAAAAAUCAGUGAUUCAGACUCUGGUAGUUUUGAUUGAAAUGAAGUUUAUUUAAAAUUGUAUCUUUAAUGAUUUAUAUGUUGCUUCUAAGUUGGGUUGUUUUCUUUCAUGGUUUGUUUUUGGGAUUUUAUGCCUUCACUGAGGGACAGGAGGCAGAGUGUAAAGUAGCAAACUGGGAGAAAGAGCGGGAAAAGGAGCGCAGGCUGGAAUUAAACACGGGUCGCCUCUCUACGUUGGGCAUUUGAUUUAACUACCUGAUCUAGUUUUCUAGUUUUUCAACAUUACUAAGGUACAUCCAGAAUAUGCCUUUAGGCCCAAAACAAACACAAAUCAGAGCUGAGCAGUUUGAGAAGUCAGAGUCAUUCCAGCAGGUCACAACGCAGUGACGUACUUCAAGAGACUUUGUAAUCAAAAUAGGGCUGCAUGAUUCAUCGAUUUUAAAUCAUAAUCAGAUUAUUUGAUUAUGACAAUGUUAAAAAAAUCAAAUACUGAAUUCUAUUUUUAGCCAGAAUCGUGCAGCCCUAAAUGAACCUUUUCUUGUUAACAGUGUGUUAUGUCGGACCACAAAGAGACACAUUUGGAGCAUUUACUUUGUUUUAAAAAGUUCAUUUUUUUCGUUUUAAUGGUUUAUCUAUAAGCUUUGAAAAUACUCGUUCAAAGACGCUCCAAAACAACAGCCACCUUGUGUCCAUUAAAGUGAGUGAGCAGUGAGUCACUGUGUUGUGUUUCACUUUCACAGGGCUGGAGAAAAGAUCACAGUAACACCCUCCUCCAAGGAGCUCCUGUUCUACCCCCCUGAGGUGGAAGCUACUAUCACUGGUGGUGAGCGUCGACACACACACUUUGAACUGAUGAAUACACCUUUGUCUUUUGAGGCUGUCCGUCUUCCUUUAGAUGUGUAAGCCCAGCUGAUUUGUAGGUCUUAGCUUGUGGUGACAAAGAGGAAUAAAACUUCCUUUACAUGCAGUAAAACCACAAGGCGAUCUCUCCACAGAGUCCUGUCCAGGGCGGCUUGUUGAAAUCACCGGACGUGCCGGUCUCUUCUUAGAGGGCAAAGUGUCACCAGAGCUCCAAGGAGUGGAGAUCUACAUCAGCGAGAAAGGAGCUGCUUCACCGCUCAUUACCGUGGUUACAAAUGAGAUGGGCGCGUACAGGUGAGGGGGGCUGGAGCUUUUUAUCCGAGCUUCUAGGUCUCUGUGAGGCAUACGGAGCUAGCGUGCACUACUUCUGGUUCUUUUCUAAUUUCAAAAUAAAAGCACUAAAGGCCAAAAUAUACAUUUUUACUGCAAAUGAAUAUUGUUUUCGUCAUAUUUACAACGAAGACGUAACGUUGACGAGCUUAACAUAAAUCGGAGAUGACUAAAAUGUGACGAGACGAAAGUGCGUUUACGUUGAUGGGACGAGACGAAAAUGGCGAACAGAGUUGCAAAACUCUGUCAGUUAAACGCUAAACAUAUAGGAGCAGCUUCAGUCCGCUCUGACAGCUCUCAUCAGCCUGCUGUGCUCCUCCAACACACAGACACACACGCGUGCGCGCACACACACACGUGGAGUUUUGUUUUUGUUGACGAAGACGUUGACGAAAAUAUUUUCGUCAACGUCAUGGUUGACGAAAACAACACUACUGCAAAUGAAUAUCGGCUCUACAUAUCUGUUAAUAUCUGUUUCCUUGAUUACCAAUAAUCAGUAUCAGCCCCGAAAUAAAACUUAUCGAUCAAACCUUACUUUUAAGAUUUUUAUUGUCAGAGAUUUCUGUCUUUAUCCCAAAGCAUUAUGGGAACCUUACUGAUCCCUCUAAUCUGGUUUGUGGAGGUGAUAUUGUCGAUCUUCUGCUGUCUUUUAUUGCAUUAAACUCUCUGGAAAAGCCCCUGAAGGAGUCUAGUAACUCAAGAUUUAAUUGGUUGUUGCUUAACAGUCAUAAUUAUCCAACUAAUGUGCCGACUUCUCUUUCUUCGUCGUUUCAACUCUCCUACUUCAGUCCGAGUGUUAGUAACGGAAGUUGGAGUUGGUUUAGACUGAUUUUGGACUGUUACUUAGUUUGGAUACGGGACUGUUCAUGAGUAAAACCUCAUGACACAAGGUAAAAAGUCAAAAUUCAUCCUGAAAACUUGCUUUCCUAAGCUUGUCCUCUUCUUCUUUUUUGCUCCUCCUGUCUGUCCUUCAGUGUGGGUCCACUCCACAGUGACCGGCAUUAUGAAAUCAGUGCCAGUAAAGAGGGUUUCGUCCUGAGUCCUGUGGAGGGAACGCAGGGAGAUUUCAAGGCCUUCGCUCUGGCUGGAGUCACCUUCAAGGUAAAACGGACAAUACUCACUUCUGUCACGUAUUUUCCUCCUGGUAAUAAGUCGUUUUUACUCGACCUGUGAUGUCUUACAAUCACAGCUUCUUAUUCGCGCUCCUGUUUCUGUUUCAUUGAGAGUAAAGAAAAAAGAAAAAUCGCUGAUAUAAGAAGAAUCCGUUUCUCCACCGUGUGUUUCCAGCGUUUCAUCUCUGAACAGCCUUUGUUCAAAAAGUCCACGAGGUCUUUAUAUCAGAUCAUCAGCGUUCAUUUCCCCUUCAGACUUUGAUGAAUUGCUUUUAAAACCUUUCGUUCGUCGUCAAGACCGAAUUUGUUGUCAACUUUAAUUGUCAUUAUUUUCCAUUCUCACUGAAAUAGAAAACUGGAGACUCUAGACUCACCUGUCAGCCUGAAUACACCCACAAAUUCACAAUCUGACAGAUCCAACACGUAUUUCAUCCACAUGAGUGAACAGGAUUAAACGAUCACCUCUCGGAGUUCACCUGCAGCUGUGACUCAUUGACUUCGACUCGUCUUCAGCUACCUCUGAUUUAACUCUGACCAGUCUAAAGAUGACAGUUUAUUUCCCUCAUGACAUGUCGUCUCUAUCAUCCUCUCCUUUAUUCUUUCUCUGUGCUCCAGAUCAAAUCAGAAGAUGGUCACCCGCUUUCAGGCGUCCUUCUGUCUCUGAGCGGCGGACAGUUUCGUUCCAACUUGUUGACCCAGGACACCGGUGUGCUCACCUUUAACAACCUGGUGAGGAUCCUGUCCACCUCUGUUUUUAUCUGUGUGAGGUGUUAAGAUGUGAGCUGAGUCUGUAAAAGCUGCUUUGUUGCUCCGGUAAUGUAAAGAUGUGUGUAUUUUUCUGUUUUCCAUUAUAUAAAGAGAUGUAACGCUUUUCUCUCCUCCAGAGUCCCGGUCAAUACUACUUCAAACCAAUGAUGAAGGAGUUUCGCUUUGAGCCGGCAUCUCAGAUGAUCACAGUGGAGGAGGGUCAAAACCUCAGCAUCGAUAUAACUGGCAUUAAAACUGCCUACAGGUACAGGAGUGUACAUGACACAGACAGAUGGUUACAAAACAGUUUAUUAUUAUUAUUAUUAUUAUUUAAUUUUUUGGGGGUGGAGGGGGUACGAAGCAGGUACGGCUUCGAUCAUGUGCUGCAUGUCCUCCCCUAUCUCUCCCAACCUGUCAAUAAAAGCUAAAAUUGCCCCUAAAAAAUACAAAAAGGUUUUUUUUUUCCUCUUUUUUUUUUAAAUGUGUAACUAGGGCUGCACGAUUUUAGGCAAUCCUGAUUUUUUUUUCUCUGAAAACUCUAUUUUCGAUUGUGAUUUUUUUAUUCAGUGACAAACUUCACGAAAAAGUUUUUCUAUCAUCUCUCAAAACAAAACCACUGAAAAUGAUGUUGUGCAUAUGCCAGUCGAUUAAGUGGCGCUGUAACGCUGCACAGGAAAUGCACAAAAGACAGAAGAAGAGUACGGAGCAUGUGUAUAAAGGUUGUUUUAGCUGGAUACACCCAGGCGCCAUAAAUGAGUUAUGCUGUAUGUCACAUGAUCGUUUGGAGAGAUGCAGAUAGAUAUCAAGAUGGAGGUGAAAUCGUUUAAGGAUUAAUGCACUCUCGUACCCGUUUCCAAAAAGUACCGUUUACAGUCACCUGAAACGCCAAUUCUACAAAAAACUUUUGCGUUUACUCCUGAAUUCGUUUCUGUGUGGGCAGGUUGAUAUCGCCUCCAGACAGACUUUGCACCAGGGAGUGGUUUGCUCUUCGUCCGAAACUGUGAAGCCGUACCAAUUCCAUACGACUGACUUGCUCUUGUCCUAUUUAGUCACGAAAUUAUCCCCUUCUUUUGCAAACGCCAUGUUUGUUUACACUGGUGUGUGUGGGAACUGGGGAGCCUACGGUGGCCUGGAGGCACGAGACAUGAUAGAGAGGGACAUUGAUUUGACGAUCGUCAUAAUUAAAUAAUCUGAUUACAAUCUAAAAUUGAUUUAUCGUGCAGCCCUACGUGUGACUCAAAUUUUAGAAAAAGAAAACGUUCAGACUCGGGACGUUGUCGUGACACGGCUUCUUCUGCUCUCCUCAGCUGCUAUGGAGCGGUGCAGUCUCUGAGCGGGGACGCAGAGAGGGAUGUGGCCGUGGAAGCGGUGGGACAGGGCGAGUGCAGCCUCUACAGCGAGGACACCGUCACUGAUGAGGAGGGUCGGUUCAGACUGAGGGGUCUCCUGGUGAGUAGGAGAGAAGCAUGUAAAAUUCCCAUCAGGAGGGAGGUCGAAAAACAAAGUUCAGUACCUCUGCAAUCAAGGCGACUGUGCAGAGCAUUUUAAACAGCGUCUCUGUCAAAUGUCAGACACACUCUGUAUCCUCUUGACCUUUUGACUUUACCGCUGUUUCCUUGUAGCCCGGUUGCAAGUAUCUCAUUCAACUACGAGCAGAAGGCAACGACCACAUCGAGAGAGCGUUACCACAACACAGAGCUAUAGAGGUAUGAACGACCAUCGAACUUUGUCAAUGUCAGAGUGUUUUUAAAGUUUGCUGUCUGAAAAAAAAAAAAACUUGACAAGAUAGAGAAACUUUUGUUCUUGAAUUGUAAAAAUAACUGUGGGAACUCUGUGAUUAUGACUUAUCAGCAGCCUUAUCACAUGACCCGCUUUUCUAUAUGCAGAACAAAAGCAGCGAUAAUCCCGCUGCAAGUUUCCAGCUCUCAGUUCAUAAUUUGAGUUGUCUGAAGAGUGAAGGCCUCCUAAUCUCUCUGCCGGGAGUGGAAACGCCUUAAUUCCACUUAAUUCUCUGUUAUUAUCACACCCUGUGACUCGUACAAAGCCUUAUCCACAGUUCACAUUCGGUGUUUUCUUUAUUAUGAAUUCAGGGUUUUAUCUGUACACUGAGCUUUGUGUUCCCCCCCUCAGGUCGGCAGCAGCGACAUUGACGGGGUCAACAUCAUCGCCUUCAGGCAAAUCAGUCAGUUUGACCUCAGUGGAAACGUCCACACGUCCCCCGAACACCUCGCAACGCUUUCAGUAUGAGUGCUUGGCUUUUUCUUUCCUGCUUUUUGACCUUUUACUGAAUUGAUGGUAAUAUCUGAAACUCCCCUGUUGGGCUGAAAAGAUUGUUUUAUUUCUUUGCCUCUCCUUUAUUUUACCAGGUAAAACUUUACAAGAGUGACAAUCUGGACAACCCACUCAACAGCGUGUCUUUGGGACAGUCCCUCUUCUUCCACUUCCCACCUCUGGACAGAGAUGGCGAGGUAUUUACAACCGUUUUUUCCCACAGUUACACACAGUUAGUUAUCUACGUUAUUGAAGGGCUGCCUAUCUUUAAUUUUUUAAAUUAAAUUCAAGGAUCCAAUCAAACUUGCUGUAUUUAUAUUGCACAUUUAAAAAAACAAUCAAGUUUAGCAAAGUGCUGCACAGACUGGUAAAUAAGUUCAAACACACAGAGGAAAUAAUAGAAUUUUAAAAAUAAUUAUAAUAAAACCACAUAAAAAACACUUUAAUAAUAAAGAAAUAAAUGAAAAUAAAAACACUCCAAGAGCAAAUAUUAAAAGGUGAAUAAAAGAACAGUCAGAGAACAACUCUGUGUCCGUUUUGUGGACAUUUGUCAUUUUUUUCAUCUUUAUUUUGAGCUGACAGUCACAUUUUUAAAUAUUGGGGCAUCGAAUUUGUUGAGAGUUUUUAUUUUUUUUCAUAUUUAAAAAAAAAAGUGUUGCCUGUCGUACUCUGUCGCCACAUUUUAGCUCCAUCCACCCUACUUUGUCAGCAAAACGGACAAUAGAAUUCCAUUAAAAACACGUUUUUUUGAGCGUGUUUGUGGCACCAUAACAACAUAUUAAAACCUUUUUUUUCAGUCAUUCGAUCACCACGGCUCUGAAUUUUACUUUUCAACAUUCAUACAACAGAUUGUACCAGCGUGUAAUUUGAAAUCCUUCUGUGGCGCGCACAAAGGUCUUCAUUUGUGGACUCGGUGUGUUUGAAGUGCUAUUUCAUUCACUAAACAUCAUCAGAAUUGAAUGAAACUUUACGUGCCACUAGAUAUGGAUGUGUAAGAGUGGGAUAUGUGUGUAAGGAAAUGCUUGUGUGCUCCUGCGUGUAUGCACGGGUGCGAAUCUGCAUCCAUGUUUAUAAUUGUGCAUGCCAUGAGCGGAGUUUUUACAGUCAAAAAUACGAUGUCGAAGUUCUGCAGUGUGGGACAAAGAGAGGAGGACAUUUGGACAAUUUCAACUUUGCCCUCACUUUGGAAAGAGUGGAUGGACAUGCAUGAUGAUGCACAGGUCCUUCAGAUCGAAUUUUUUAUUCAUUAUUUUUUUAAUGGUCAUUAUUAUUAUCAUUAUCAUCAUUAUUAUUUUAUGAACAUUUAACUGCAUGUCCGUUUUGUGGACAUGCAGGCUGGAUGGAGCUUAAAAUUAACAGGAACCGAGGUUAAAAGCCAAAGAGUAAAAAUAUGUUUUGUUUAAAAGUGGUAAAUGUUGAAGCUGCUGUCCUGUAGACCUCAAAGAUCUUGGGGGAGUGAAGCUUUGAAGGAUGACCGAGGACUAAAUCUACAGAUCCAGACGAGCUGUUCUUGUGUCUAAAGUCGCUUCCUUUCUCUCUCUCUCAGAGCUACGUGCUGAUGCUGUACUCCACACUGUCCCGCUCCCAGUACGACUUCACUCUACCUCAGGUCUCCUUCACCUCCACCGGCUACCACAAGCACGUCACGCUCACCUUCAACCCGACUGUAAGCUUUUUUUGUUAGCCUGGUGAUGAACCUGCUUUUAGAUUCUGUCCGUCUGUUGGACUGCUCUCACCUCAGGCCGUGUGUUUAUCCCUGUUUUCCAACAGCGUAAAGUGCCUGACCAAGACGUUGCCCAGGGCUCCUAUAUAGCUCUGCCUCUGACUCUGCUGCUCCUGUUAGCGGCUUACAACCACGAGAAGGUACUCCACCCUUCACCUGCUGCACAAAAUAUGUUCAAAGAGCUCGUGUUGUCUGAGCGUCAACUUUCUAAAUCAGUUAUGCUGUGUCUUAGCCAAACCUGCAUGUGUGUGUGUGUUUCUGUUGCGUCUAUUGCAGGUGAUCCCCCUCCUGUUACAGCUCGUGAAUCGCAUCCAGGGAGUGAGGAGCAUGGCUCAGGCCAGCGGGGACAGCGCCGUUCUAGACGAAGCCAAACGCCAGGCCAAGAGACAGAAGGCCAGGCGUACAUGA